AUGGAGACUGCUAGCAAGAUGAUGUCUAGCGCACAUGCGCAUGGGCAAGAUACGUGCUCCAAGGACCCGGCCGGCUGCAUGCGUGCAGUGGUGUGGACGGGCAAGUCGGUCAAGCUGGAGCACAUUUCAAAGCCGAAGAUCAUGGAAGCGACAGACGUGGUGGUGAAAGUCACCGCGUGCUCUGUGAGCCCAGACUUCGCAACGGACGUUUGCGGCGGGGAGGCCGCAGGACUUGAGAAGAACCAGGUGCUUGGCAGUGAGGCCGUUGGCGUCGUGGAGAGCGUUGGUGCAGAAGUGAACAAGGUUAAGGUCGGUGACCGCGUCGCUAUCAGCUUCGUGCUAGCUUGUGGUGAUUGCAAGCACUGCCGUCGACACGAAUACUCGUCGUGCAACUGCACUAAUGCAUCCCAAGAAUUCAAGCAGACCUACGGAGGAUGGGCUCCCGCUGCCGUGCUUGGCAGCACCCGCAUGCUUGGAAAUGUCCCCGGUGUGCAGGCCGAAUAUGUCCGUGUGCCGUUUGGCGACAUUAACUGCUUUAAGCUGCCAUCUGGUGUGAGUGACGAUAAGGCUCUGUUGGGGGUGGAGACGACGGUCACUGCGCUACACGCGGUGGAUACCGCCAAGGUCAAGGAAGGUGACUGCGUGGUCAUUUGGGGAUUGGGGCCUAUUGGGCUGCAAGCUGCUCACUGGUGCAAGCUCCGCGGAGCCAAGACCAUACUGGGCGUUGAGCACUGCACAGACCGGCUCAAGUUCGCGCAUGAUCACAUGAAUCUCGAGGUGGUCGAUCGUGGCGACUUGUCUAGCGCCCAAGUGGUGUCCAAGCUGCAGCACAUGCUGCCUCCUGCUGGUGCUGACGCUGUGAUUGAUGCAAGUGGUAGCUCAACUUCGACCGGCUGGAUGGCCAAGCUCGAGAAGAAGAUCGGCAUGGAGUCGCAGCCUGAGCCUACGGACACUUUCAAAGAAAUGCUAAUGAUCGUGCGCAAGUGCGGCCAUAUUUCCAUUGUGUCGGACUAUAUGUGUGCGGUGGAAGCGUUCCCCAUCGGCCACGUCGCGAUGAAGAGUGUCACCGUGAAUGCUGGUCGUACGCCUGCCCAGAAGUACUAUCCUCAGGUGUUCGAUGCGAUCGAGAGCGGCGAGCUGGAUCCUUCGGUGCUUAUUUCGCACCGCCUUGCUUUGGAGGAGAUGCCUGAGGCUUACUCCAGUAUUGCGAAGAAGGAUAGCGGCUUCAUGAAGGUUUUUGUCGCGCCGCACGAGAUGCGCUCGAAGACGUAA